AUAUUGAAAGGUACAUAAAUGAAACUUUGGAAAAAUGUAGGGGUAUAUAAUUGAAAGAUGGUUAUCUUUUUUGUAAAAUUGAAAGAAAAAAAGAGAGAAAAAAGAAGUUGGUAUGCAUGGGAAUAGGAAGAAGAUUGUGAGAGUGUCAGUAGGCUGGCGGUGGCGGAGAAAUCCCCAGAUUUUGAGGAUUUGUUUUUCCGUUUGCUGUUUUGCUUGAGAUGAUUUGUUUUUCUUCAUCCUUUCUACCAACAGCAACAGCAACACCAACCAGGAUUUGCUGUGGCAUUCCCGUCCACUUCGGACCCUCUGGCUCAAAAAUGGCAAAUCCACCGCGUUCCCUAUCGUCUUCUUCACUCACUCACCUUCUUUCCUUCAACUCUCCUUACAAUCCCAAUUCCUAUUUUCUUAUCAUCUCCCAAUUCAGACUCUUACACCAUUUCCUACUCAAAAGCCCACUCUUCUUCUUUGCCCCCAAUGCCUUUUUGUCCCUUCCUCUUCCUCCUCUGUUUCCCUCUGUUUUCCUUCGCCCUCAACCAAGAGGGCCACGUUCUCCAGACCUUUAAGCGCUCUAUCGUGGAUAAUCACCAUGUCUUAUCCUCCUGGCACGCAGCCGACCCAGAUCCCUGUUCAUGGAAGGGCAUCACCUGCGAUGCCCAUCAUCACGUCAUUUCCAUCGAGCUCUCCAGCUCUGGUAUUUCUGCUUCUUUCCCUCUUCAACUCUGUAAGCUUCCGCAUCUCAUCUACCUCUCUCUUUACAAUAAUACCUUCCAUUCCCUUCUUCCCGCUGGGAUUUCCAACUGUACCACUCUCGAGUACCUUGACCUUGGCCAAAAUCUCCUCACCGGUCCUCUGCCUCCCUCCAUUGCCGAUUUGCCCAAUCUCCGUUACUUGGAUUUGUCUGGCAACAAUUUCUCCGGCGAAAUACCACCCUCCUUCGGUCAGUUUCGGAAACUUGAGGCGUUUUCCAUUAUUUUGAAUCUUGUGAGUGGUACCAUUCCUGCGUUUCUUGGGAACAUUACUACUCUUAAGAUGUUGAAUAUGUCUUACAACUCGUUUGAGAUCGGAAGAAUCCCACCGGAGCUGGGUAAUCUGGCGAAUCUUGAGGUUCUUUGGUUGACGGCUUGUAAAUUAAAAGGGGAGAUUCCCGAGUCGCUGAUAGGGCUCAAGCGACUCGUUCUUCUGGAUUUGAGCAUUAACAAUCUUACUGGGCCGUUCCCGCGGGCGCUGACGGAGUUAACCCACGUGACUCAGAUUGAGUUGUUUGGCAAUACGUUGUCCGGCGUGUUACCAGAUGGGUUUUCGAAACUCAAGUCGCUGCGGUUGUUCGACGUCUCGAUGAAUCAGUUAAGUGGGCCAAUUCCGAGUAGCUUGUUUGAGUUGCCGCUUGAAAGCUUUAAUGUGUUUGAGAAUGAUUUCGAGGGUAGUUUGCCGGAAAGCAUGGGGAUGUCGAGGACUUUGACAGGGGUGAAGCUAUUUGCGAACAGAUUCACGGGGGCGUUACCAAGUAAUUUGGGGAAAUAUUCGCCUCUGGAAUCGUUGGACAUUUCAGACAACUUCUUUUCCGGCAGGCUUCCCGACACCUUGUGUGAGAAGGGGGCACUGAUAGAGAUAAUGACGAUCAACAACCUGUUUUCCGGCGAACUCCCCUCGAGUCUUGGUAAUUGCCACAGUCUGACCAGGAUACGAUUAGGGAGGAACAAUUUUACGGGUUCUGUACCUGAGAAUAUAUGGGGACUUCCGAAUGUUUCUCUUAUGGAACUUGCAAACAACUCCUUUUCUGGCCCAAUCUCAAAGAAAAUAGCCAACGCCAAGAGGCUGAGUUUGCUUCUUAUUUCUAGUAACAAUUUCUCAGGAACAAUUCCCGAGGAGAUUGGUUCUUUGGAGAAUCUUGUAGAGUUUUCCGCUGACCAUAACGAGUUCAUAGGAAAUAUCCCUAAGAGCCUUACGAAAAUGGAUCGGCUUGCCAAGUUAGAUCUUCAGAACAACAGGCUUUCCGGGUUGCUCAGCUACAGGCUUGAUGCCUGGGAGAGGCUGAAUGAGCUCAAUCUGGCCAAUAAUAACUUCUCUGGGCCAAUUCCCCUAGAAAUUGCUAGCUUGCCAAUGCUUAAUUACCUCGAUCUUUCAGGCAAUCAUUUUUCUGGGGAAAUCCCAAAUGGGUUACAGAAUUUGAACCUCAAUGUUCUGAAUCUAUCAUACAACCACUUAACUGGGACACUUCCUUCCUAUUUCGAGAGAUCAAUGUACAAAAAUAGCUUUCUGGGCAAUCCUGAUUUAUGUAGGGAGGAAAAUGGUGCGUGUCAUACAGUUCAUUCUACAAGAAAUGGAGGAGGAGGAGGAGGAGGAGGAGGAGGAGGAGGUUGCAAUGAGGGAGGAGGUUGCAUUUGGCUGCUGCGAUCCGUCUUUGUAUUUGCUGGUGUAAUUGUUUUUGUGGUAGUGGUUUUGUUCCAUGUCAAGUACAGGACAUUCCUCAAGGCAAGAAGUCUCAACAUGAAAUCAAAAUGGACAAUGGUAUCGUUCCAAAAGCUCUCUUUUGACGAGGAUGAGAUUGUGGGUUCCCUGGAUGAAGACAAUGCGAUAGGCAGUGGAGGCUCUGGCCUAGUUUACAAGGUUGUUCUCGCCAAUGGCGAAACUGUUGCAGUUAAGAAACUCUGGCCUGAGCUGCCUGAUGACCACAGAAGUAUCGAUCUCGAGAAAACUUGGACUGAAGUUAAUGCUUUUGAUGCAGAAGUGAAGACCUUGGGUGAAAUCAGGCACAAAAACAUAGUAAAACUUUUGUGUUGUUGUACAAAUGGAGAAUGCAAGCUAUUGGUCUAUGAAUACAUGCCUAAUGGGAGCUUAGGUGAUAUGCUUCAUGGCAGUAAAAGUGAGUUAUUGGAUUGGCCAACAAGAUACAAGAUAGCCUUGGAUGCUGCGGAGGGGCUUUCUUAUCUUCAUCAUGAUUGUGUACCUCCAAUUGUACACAGAGAUGUCAAGUCCAAUAACAUCUUGUUGGAUGCUGAAUUCGGAGCUAAGAUAGCAGAUUUUGGAGUAGCUAUGGCUGUCGAUAUCUCUGAGGUUCAAUCCAUGUCAGUGAUUGCUGGUUCCUGUGGUUAUAUUGCCCCAGAGUAUGCUUAUACAUUGAAGGUGAAUGAGAAGAGCGACAUCUUUAGCUAUGGGAUGGUUAUCCUUGAAUUGAUAACGGGAAAGCGGCCAACCGACCUCGAAUUUGAAGAAAACGAUCUGGUGAAAUGGGUAUGCACCACUUUAGAAGAGGAAGGUAUCAACCAUAUUCUAGACCCCAAAUUGGAUCGCUGUCACCAGGAAGAAAUGUUGAAGGUCCUCAAUAUUGGCCUCCUAUGCAGCAGCCCUCUACCUAUCAACCGCCCAUCCAUGAGACGAGUGGUUACAAUGUUGUUAGAAGUUCGUACUGAUAGCAAUUUGAAGAUUGGAAGGAGAAAUGGAAGAUUGACUCCAUAUUAUUUCGAGGAUGUUUCGGAUAGCGGAAAUGCGGUAUAGCUCUUAAGUUGUUAACAGUUUGUUGUCGUUUUAGAGAGGAAGGCAGAGAAUGGAGGUAAACAAUGACAAAGAAAGUGCAGUUAAGUUUUUACCUUGAGCUUUUCAUAGCCUGCAAUGUGUUCUUACUAAAAUAUUUGAUGCUCAUAAAGGCCUCAUGGUUUUGGAUGUACAUAUGACUUUUUAAGUUUCUUCAAAUGGGUAGCUGCUCGUCUUUGAAUCACUUCAACAUAUCCCUUUCCAAUAUUUAUUUUGGUAGCCUCAUUGUUCUUUCUUUGUUUAUGUGAAAUGUCCAUUCUCUCAAGAACAAUAUGGUUCUCUGCCAAAUAUGACCAGGGAAUCAUCUUUUAGUUUAU